AUGGCUGCAAAGGCUGCUCGCUAUGCUGAAUCGCUGGACGACGCCCGCUGCGAGGGCAACUGGACAGACGUCCCCGAGCUGGUUCGCAAGGUCCGCAAACACGAUCCAUCACGAGAAUGCCUCACAUUGACCGCCGAAACGGAAUGCGUCAUCUCCAAAGUAACAGCCGCCGGCGAUCAACUGGCCGAGCUCGACGUCCCUAAUCGACUUCCGAAGCUCAUGGCUGUGAUUGAGGCCGAGGCAAAUCCCACCGAAGAACGAUUCCAGGCCCAAGUGUGUGUUGGAUGGCUGCAUUGGGUUGUUGGGGAAUACGCGCUGGCGCUCGAGCGACUACCCAAGAGUCUCAACGAGCAAUAUCCAGACAUCGACCCGGCCAAUACAGUUUCAGAGUGGACCAGUGUGUGUGCCUUGAAGGCUGCCUACCUCAGGGCUAAUUGCCUGAUGAGAGAUGGCCAGAGAUUGCAGGCGCUGGAAGCACUGCAGGCGGGCCUCCCGUCUCUGGACCGAGUAUGGUGUGGCCACGGCGUCCGUAAGCAGCUGCGGUAUUGGUCAGAGCUGUUCCUCACCGAGCACUGUAUGCUCAACAGUGACGCGCUUCACAAUAACGAGUUUUCCUUGGAUGACCCUAAUUCCAUUGCCAGCUUUCGAUCUUGGGCAAGAUACUGGAAAAUCAUGUCAGCCCCCGUCACGGGCGGUUUUGGCUUCAAAGGCGCUGUCCCUCGAAGAAGGAUAUGGCACGAAUAUUAUCUGGCCUUGUCUCGAAUUUUGGAGAACGACCUUCCUUAUCCACCUGGGCAAGCUGAAAAGAUGGUGGAAGAUAUGUCAGCUCGAGGCCAAUUAAGAGUUGAGAUCCAGCGUGCAGAGUCCGCCUAUCAAGCUCUUCUGCUUGGCGAGACAGCUUUUCCACGAGCAGACGAAGAGCGUGCGGAAAUCGAAACAUUCAUCAAGCAAGUCAUGAUGAACUGGUCCAUAUUGUGUGGUCGUGGGUGGAGCGAGCAAGAUCUGGGCCAAGGGGGCCGGGAUCUUCUUAGCCGUACCGUGCUCGACACCCUGUACAAUGCCGCUACAAGGACAUACCACUCGACAGCCAUUCUUCGAUCCUUAUUCCUCGUCCAUUUAUCAGUGGCCGAGUUCGACCUAGGGUUUAAGGCGCUCGACUCUUACCUAGAUAUUGUUAAAAAGGGCAAAGCGCGUGUUGCAAAGACAGGGCACGCAGAGCCGAGUUUGGACGACGACAAGACCGCUUUGGAGACUAUAUCACAGGCUAUUAUGAUUCUGUGUUCCUACGGACAUCAACAAGCCGCAGAAAAGGCCCGACAUUUGGGCACCGAGCUGGAAGAGUGGCUUUCUAAACUUCCACACUCUAAUCUGCAAGAGAACGGCACACCCAUCAUCGUAGAGGAUAAAGAGGAGAUCGAAGUACCAGCUAGCGCUCCACCCCCUCAGACUAUUGCUCUCGCGUGGCAAGCUAUUGGACUCGGUCAUGCUCACUGGUCUCGAGUGACGACUGAUGCUGGGUCGAGGGCUGAGAUACAGUCCAAAGCAAUCAGAUGCCUUCGCCGGUCUUUGGCCCCUGAGUAUGGCCGCUCAAAAGAUGUCAGAAGCUUUUUCGCUCUUGGACUCUUGUUAGCUGAGCGACGCGAGCUAACUGCAGCCAUAGAGCUUGUUAGGUCUGCCUUAAUAGCUGUGCAUGGAUUCGAGGAAGACUACAACCUAUUCUAUGGGCCUUACUGGCAAGAGAGGUCUCUUAUCCCCCUGUGGCAUCUCUUAUCCAUCCUCUUAAGCGCCCGACAAGACUAUGUAAUGGCAGCAAGGGCGUGUGAAGGUGCUCUGGACCAGUUCAAAGAUCCAACCAUUCUCUUUGGCAAAGCAGAAAAUCGUUUCCGCAGCGAACAUCUCAAGGACGUUGAAACUAAAAAUUUGCCUCCAAGAGGACUUGUUGAUGAUAUGAGCGACGAGGAAAAGAUCGGAAUCAUGGACGUUAAGAUGACACAGCUCGCCUUGGUUGAGCUCAUGGAAGGCCCAGAUGUUGCUGUGAAUGCCAGUUUGGAGCUGUUGACUCUGUUUUCACGACUAUUCGGUAGUAUCGACGUGCAACAGCCGGCACUCAGGCCCCCCGUUAUUGCAGAGCCGCCAAGGACGUCGCGCACUUUCAAGGGUAGCAUCUUUGGAUCGCGAGUUGAUAGGUCAAGGCAGGCAAGCAACCAGAACCUGGGAGAAAAUUCGACUACACCUGCUCGGCCUGCUACGUCUCACACCACUGCGGCUGCAACGGUCGCUCCGGCGGUCCAAGUAACAGCAGAAAAUGGACACACAAGGUCAAGGAGUGGUAGUCUGGGCACUCAGACACGAAGGAGCGAGUCUGGAAGGAGAAAUAGUUUGAAGAAAAAGUCAAGAAGCGGCAGCCAACGACGCAGAUCGUCGAGCGCAGGUGGCGUGUCACAUCAAUCAGCGAUAAUCGGAGACUCCGAUCCGGCUGGCCACGACUUCUUCUCGGCAUCUGGUCGACGUCUGCAGACUCGGAUGGCAAGCUCCUCUCGCGGAAGGACAAUUUCCUCACUGAGCUCAAAUCUCACCAACAGUUCCAAGUUGACUGAGGAUUCAGAGCUGUCAGUUGACAUCAGCUUUACACUACCUCAGCUACUACCUCUUAUCAAAUUCCCAAGAGAAAAGGAGAGGCGCCAGCGGACAACAGUCUUAGUUAAAGUAUGGCUGAUGAUUGCUGGAUUCUAUCGACGAGCGGGAUUGUUGGAGGACUGCAGAGGUGCCGUGGCUGAAGCUCGGAAAUUGAUUGAGACACUAGAAAACGAUUACGCUAAAGAGCUUUCUCUUGGACCAAGCUCUUCUAAAGGUCCGGCUUGGGGCGAGAAGAAGAGUAUUGAUGAGCUAUGGGGUGACCUUUACUCUGAGCUGGGUUUGAUAUCAUUGGCUAAACAGACGCCAUACAUGGCCAGGACUGAUUUCGAAUCAGCUUUGACGCACUAUCCCGAUCAUCCUGCUGCCAUUGUCGGUCUAUCCAACAUUUUGCUUGACAUAUAUAGCGAGAAACUCCUCCCCACACCAUCUAUUCCACCGCUGGAUGGGCACGAAUUUACAGAUGAUGCAAUUCAUCACAGAUCUGAACCUCCGUCAGGUAGCCUCAAAACUCUACCGUUUACUCCUCUGGGCCUCGCUUCCGAACCUUCUACGGUUGAAGUCCCCAGCCCUAGCGAGGAAGACGAAAAAGAGGAGUCCAAAGCUGCAGGCUCUGGUAGCGAUUCUCAAGAGGAGGACAAACUUCCCGCGCCAUACAAGGCCUCUCAUCUACCGCUUAUAGAUCGACUAGCCGCGCGUGAUCGCGCUUUUACGCUAUUAUCAGGCCUCACUCGCCUCGGUACGGGCUGGGACUAUUCCGACGCAUGGUUUGCGCUCGCUCGCGCUCAUGAAGAGAACGGGCAGCUGGAAAAGGCGAAGGAAGUCCUUUGGUGGUGCGUCGAGCUUGAAGAAGCCAUGGGAGUACGAGAUUGGCGCAGCCUUGCAGGUGGAGGCUACAUUAUUUAA